AUGGUCGCUGCCCAGGUCUGGCUGUAUAUUGGUCCAAUGAGCAUUGUUGAUAUGUUUGAUGAAGUAACGGGGUCAACAGCGUUACGGAGACCGACUCUACCUAAGCUGCCGAAGAUUCCGAAGAUAGUGCGCAAUUUGGGUUCUGCGGCGAAAGAACAACACAUCGACCCGCACAUCGAUCAGAAGAUUGAUGUCUUUUUGGAUUUGGCUCCAAGCCCCGAUGAUUCAACUGGCCAAACAGGAUAUAACGGAACUGGCAUUUCGGGUGCUCCACAUUCCAGAACCGGCAGCGGCAUGGUAUUUGCUUGUGGGGAGUGCAGCUGCAAGUUCCCUUUAGACAUAGACAUUUAUGCACCACAACAGGGCUGCACUCUAAAGGUGAAAAAAUUAAGUUGUUCUUGCAAAAGGAGCAGCUGCUAUAUGAACCAAGUUGCGAAGUGCCUAGAAAACGUGGCCUCCGAAAAAUGUUACUGGGAAGCACGACGAGUCAUUUGCCUCUAAUCUCGCAAUAAAGACAUGGUUAUCAAACUCU